AUGUCGUCGCUUGUGCAUUUGUGCAUGCCUUUGGACCCUCCAGCCAUACAUCCCUGGCCAAUUGGCAAUGCCAUAGGAGAUGUCCCACCGUUUCUUCAUAUAAGCCACAUAAGGGACAGAUGUUUGUGGCUUUUUUGGCGUUGUAGCUGGCAUUCGGCUGGUACCUUUGAUGUGCAGACGAAGAUAGGAGGGCCGUUUGGGACGAUAAGGCAUCCAGAUGAGCUUUCUCACGCGGCAAACAACGGUCUCGAUAUCGCCAUUAGGCUUUUGGAGCCGAUCAAGGAGCAGUUUCCCUUAUUGUCUUAUGCAGACUUUUACCAGUUGGCUGGAGUUGUUGCUGUUGAAGUUACUGGAGGGCCUGAGAUUCCUUUCCACCCUGGGAGACCGGACAAAACUGAACCACCCCCAAAAGGUCGCUUGCCUGAUGCUACCAAAUUAAAGGUUAUUUCGGAUCAUCUGAGGGAUAUUUUUGGCCACAUGGGUCUUAGUGAUAAAGAUAGAGUUGCUUUAUCUGGUGGUCACACCUUGGGAAGAUGCCACCAGGAUCGUUCUGGAUUUGAGGGAACCUGGACCAACAACCCUCUUAUUUUUGAUAACUCCUACUUCAAGGAACUCCUUAGCCGAGAGAAGGAAGGUCUAAUCCAGCUGCCAUCAGAUAAAGCUCUUCUGGAGGAUCUGGUCUUCCGACCUCUUGUUGAGAAAUAUGCUGCGGACGAGGAUGCCUUCUUUGCCGAUUAUGCUGAAGCUCAUUUGAAGCUCUCGGAGCUUGGAUUUGCUGACGCUGAAUAGAGAAUUGGAGACGUGAACUGUGGCUGCUGUCAGGUGUCUGUAUAUUAUGAAGGUUUGCGUGCUUUGAUUUAUGGCGAUGAUAUUAUCUUGCGAUUGGCGUGUGUAACAUAACUGAUAUGCAAAAAUAGAUAAAGCUUUGGUGUUUGGUGUGCUCCCUUGGCGUGACAAUUAUGAUUCACGACCCCAACAAGGGGAUGUUACGUGUUGGGCCUGUUGGCCAU